CACCGCCCAAGAGAAGAAAACAACGAAACAGCGAUUGUCGAGAUGUGGAAAAGUGUUGCCUUUUUUUUCAGGGAUAGAAAGUCUUGCCGGUUUCAUUUGGUGAAAGUAACGUUAAGGAGUAGACUUUUUGUGAUUGUUUGUUUUAGGCUGCGUAGAGCGAGAUGGAGGGUCGGGUUUGGCCAUGGAAGAGAAAAUCCUCCGACAAAACUACAACGGAGAAGCCAGUAGUAGCUGCGUGCGACUCAGUUGGUGUUUCUUUGUCCUCCUUAGCAUCUCUCGAAAAUCAGGAGAAGUGUAAAAACACAAACUAUGUUCAGAUUACUAUGGAAUCCUACACGCAUAUGGGUAGACUUGGAGAUCAGGUCAAAUUGCUUGAGGAUGAAGUUAAGGAUCUUAAAGAAAAACUCUCUACUGCACACUCAGAGAUUAAGACUAAAGAGAGUCUGAUACUGCAGCAUGCCAAAGUUGCUGAAGAAGCUGUUUCAGGAUGGGAAAAGGCUGAUGCGGAAACACUGGCACUCAAAUGGCAACUUGAAUCUGUCACGCUCUUAAAGCUUACGGCAGAGGAUCGAGUGUUACAUUUGGAUGAUGCUCUGAAAGAGUGCACGAGGCAGAUAAGAAAUGUGAAAGAUGAAAGUGAGCAGAGGCUGCAUGACGUGAUUCUUGCUAAAACUGUUCAAUGGGAUAAAACAAAAGCUGAGCUUGAAGGACAAAUUGAUGAAUUGAAUCAAGGACUGCUACGAGCAGCUGCUGAUAAUGCAGCACUCUCUAGAUCGUUGCAAGAGCGAUCAGAGAUGAUAAUCAGGAUCAGUGGGGAAAAAUCUAAAGCAGAUACCGAAGUGGAAAUUCUCAAAAGCAAUAUCCAGUCAUACGAGAAGGAAAUUAGUUCACUGAAGUACGAUCUGCAUGUAGUUUCAAAGGAACUCGAAAUUCGCAAUGAAGAAAAGAACAUGAGCAUAAAGUCAGCAGAAAUGGCAAAUCGACAACAUCUGGAAGGAGUGAAAAAGAUAGCAAAACUAGAAGCAGAGUGCCAGAGGCUCAGAGGGCUUGUGCGGAAGAAGCUUCCUGGUCCCGCUGCUUUGGCACAAAUGAAGCUAGAAAUUGAAAACUCAGGGUAUGAGUUCGCAGACUCUCGCUCACGCAGAAGCGGGUUUCAAUAUCCUGGCCACAAUGCACCACCAAAGCCAGACAUUUCUGCUGAUAAGUUGGAGUGCAAAAAAGACAACACACAUUUUAGUAGAUGUAUGUUGGAAAUGGAGGAAGAGACAAAGACACUUAAAGAACUUCUGGCUGCUCGUAAUAGUGAACUGCAGGUCUCGAGAAACCUAUGCGCUAAGACUCUUGGAAAGCUUAAGAUUCUGGAAGCACAUGUCGAGAUGCUUAAGCAUGAUAAGAUUACUCCAAAAUCUUGCAAAACAAAUCAAUCUGAAAGUCCCUCCAGUGGACAUGCUACCUAUCCGCCUAGUGCCACCUCGAUAUCUGAAGAUGGGUUUGAUGAAGAUGGAAGUUCCUCUGAAUACGGGCCACCAAUGUCAUCAGAUUCCAACAAGGUAGCAGUGUCUAGGAGUAUCAACAGUUCCAACAAGCCUGAAACUUCUAACAGACUGGAGUUAAUGGAUGACUUCCUGGAGAUAGAGAGAUUAGCGGCAAGUGAUGCAGAUGGAGCUGUCUCAGCUUCAAAUUCUUCAAACAGCACCUGCAGUAGUAAAGUCAUAGACAAACUCCCUGCCAGUGACUCCGAGCAAGAUCGUGCCCAAGCAGAAUCAUCAAUGGAAAAUAUUAAAAGUAGUGCACAUGAUCAGCUGUUUUCAGUGAUCCAUUCAAGAAUUUACAAGGUUUUUGAAUCUCAAGAGGGCAUUAGUGUCAAGAAAGUCAUCGAAGCUGUGAAACUUGCUAUCCAGGAGGUGCAAGAGUCAUCGUCCCAGCAACUCUCUGGCUGUCUGAUUGACAUUUCUUGCAUAGAUGCUUUCCCUAGAGCUGGUGAUGAAACCGGUAAGGAGCAUAGUUUGUUAUCUCAGAAUAUUGAACGUGGCAACAAUGUGGUCAAGCCUACAAAACAAGACUUGGAUGCAGCUAUAUCCCAUAUCCACCGCUUCAUAAUAUCAGCUGUAAAGGAAACAGCACAACUUCAUGAGAUGCAUGAGCAAGGACUGAGUGAGAGCUUAGAUGACUUCUGUGCAUCAGUGGGUAAAUUUCCAACAGGUGAAUCAAGCCUUGUUGACAUUGUUAUAAAGCUCUCUCACAUUUUGCGUCUAGCCACUGAUGGUUCCCUGGGUUUCAAGCAUCAUAGUAAUGAGUCCUCUGCUAUGGACUCCACAGUUUCUGAAUGCGUUGACAAGGUUACAUUGCUAGAGAAAAGGGUCGAUGAACUGAAUUCCGAUGCAUCAGGAAAGAUAUUCAUUGAUAGGGCUGGUAAUCCAUGUUCUAAGGAAGAGAUUCCACAUGAUAACAAUGGUCUUGAUCUGGAUGAUACAUCAUGCAAGAGCUUGUUGCAAGAGCUGGAGCAGGUGAAGCUGGAGAAAGAUAACGUCUUGCUAGAAUUAGAAAGGUGCUUGCAGAAGCUUGAAAGCUCAAAGCCGGAGUUGGAAGAAAAAGAGAAGCUCAUAUCAGAGCUGAAAUCACAGCUCACUUCCUCAAGAGACCUCCUCGGCCUGGCAGAAACCCAGCUGAAAUGUGUGACCGAAUCCUUUAAAUCCCUCGAACUCCGAGCCGAAGAUCUAGAAGCUGAAGUUAGACGUUUGCAAUUAAGGACAGAAGAUCUAGAAGUCUCUCUCUCGAAGGAAAAGCAUGGUCAUGCAUGUACUCUCGCCGUAUGCAAAGAGCUUCAAGAGAAAAUGCAGAGGAAUGACACUUGCAGAAAGUGUUCAUCGCCCAUGUCUCAAACCCGACUCCAAGAUAAACAGGAGAAAGAGAUAGCAUCAGCAGCAGAAAAGCUAGCAGCUUGUCAGGAGACUAUUCACCUUCUCAGCCAGCAAUUGCAAGCAUUGAAGCCACCGACCAAAUCACAAUCCCCCGAAAAGCUUAAAACGCAAGUUAACUCCGAAGGGUAUUCCCCGGAAUUGAGAGAAAGGGACGGGAAGGAAAGCAUCAACGACAUUUUGGCGUCAACUGGCCAUGAAAACACCUCUGAUUCUGCAUCGAAUGAUUCUGACAUGGCUCGUUCUUUUAGGUACAGGGCGGACUCAGCUCAACCCGUUCAUGCAAUCAUCAAGUCUAGUUCGUUUUCUUCAUCUUCCAAAGGAGAGAACGAGAAAUAUACUCGAGGGCUUGGCAGAUUCUUUUCGUCGAAAACGAAGAGUGGACGUUAAAGCACUCAUCAUAAUCAUGCAGGGCAUUUGUGAAUUCUACAUCACGUCUGGUUUUUUUCCGUACAUUCAGGGGAUAACAUUCUCGUUAUCCUCUCUCGCUC